UUUUUAUUAAGCAAAAAAAAACUAUUAAAAUCCUUAGCUUACAAAAUUAUUUCUAAAAAAAUGUUAAUGCCAGCAACAACUUCAUAUCCUUCCCAAUUAACACUUUUGAAUCCCCCGCCUUUCUAUUCACAAGAAAUAAAUAAUUCAUCAAUCCAACAACUAGUGCCAAAACAACAACCAUCUUCUCCCUCUCCCCAAUUCCCAAAUAAUAAUAAAUUAGUAAUGCCCCAAUUUAUUAAUUCUUUUAAUGAAAAACCGCCCCUAACACCUUCAAUGUAUUUUUGGCCGCAGGAAUUAAAUUAUGAUUGCGGGAAAACAGACUUGGCACAGAUUUUUGGGUUUUUUGAAAAUAAUGAAAUUAAAUAUAGUCAGCAACAACAAAAUUUACAAAAUAUUCAAAAAAGGAAACAGAGGUGA